AUGGUUUCAAACGCUUCUUUCGACGAGCUUAUAGAGGAGUUGAGAAAUCUUGUAAAUAAGCAGGGUUGUACUGAUCUCCUUCAAGUUUGCUUUGAUUUCUUUGGUAGCAAAUUGAAAAAUGAACGCAGAGAGAUGCUUCAUAUGGAUGAUGCCAUGAGCGAAGCGUUAAGCGAGGAUGCCUCAGAAGAUGACUAUUUAUCAGACCUGCACGAGAUGUCCAGAGGGCCCGAGGCAGUGGGUCCUGAAGUACUUCACACUCCUGAAGCGGGUGGAUUGAAAGAAAUGAACGUUUCUUAUCCUCAAAAUUACAACUUCUUACGAAGACAAUCCGUGUCUGCCGAGUCGAUGAAUCCCAACUCGUUUAUGCAACUGCCUCGUCCACAGGUUCCCUUAAAAAGCCCUGAAGAACUGGAACGUUUGAAGAAAGCAGUAGGUCACAACUUCUUGUUUAAGAAUUUGGACGAGGAACGGUACUUGGAAGUCUUGAGCGCUAUGACGGAAAAACGUAUUGGCGAAGCUGGUGUAGCACUGAUUGUACAGGGCGCUGUGGGUGAUUACUUUUACGUUAUAGAGAAGGGUGAAUUUGAUGUUUACAAACGCAAAGAACCAAACGUCUCGACAGAAGAAGUACUGGCUUCGGGUUACGGGGAUCAUGUUGCUACGAUGUUUCCAGGGGAAUAUUUUGGCGAACUUGCAUUAAUGUACAACGCUCCUCGGGCAGCAACUGUUGUGUCCAAGACUCCUGAUUGUGUUUUCUAUGCCUUGGACCGAGCAAGUUUCCAUCGUAUUGUGUUGCAAAAUGCUUUUCACCAACGCCGUAUGUAUGAAAGUUUGCUUGAGGAAGUUCCUAUUUUGUCAAGUCUGGACAAGUAUCAACGCCAAAAAAUAGCAGAUGCCCUUCAAACAGUUGUUUUUCAGGCUGGAGAGGAAGUAAUUCGCCAAGGGGAUAUUGGGAACGAGUUUUAUUUGAUUGAAGAUGGUGAAGCAGAGGUGAUUAAAAAAGACAAAGGCACGGUAGUGACAUUGACAAAGGGUGAUUAUUUUGGCGAGUUAGCUUUAAUUCACGAAACACAGAGAACCGCAACGGUGCGUGCCAAAUCUCGUUUAAAGUUGGCAACCUUUGACAAGCCUACCUUCAACCGACUUUUGGGCAAUGCCAUUGACUUGAUGCGCCAACAACCAAGAGCAGAGUUGGACUCUAAACAAGAAAGUCAACGGCAGUUAGAAUCCCAUCACGGAACAAGUGAAGCUUGA